AAGUAAAACAAACAUUAAAUCCCGUAACUCAGCUGCAUCCCAAACUGUGUACCCCGGAAAUGCAAACUACUUGCUAAGCCAUUGAAAACUAAUGAAUUAAUUGGUGUUUACUAGGUGCUUUUACGAGUCGCAUUACGAUCUGUGGUGACUUGCUGAGUCUGUGCCUUUCUCCUCAAAGUGGAGUUACUGAUACCUACUUCAUUGUAAGGAUUCUGUUUAUUGCAGACAAGAUGUCGUUAUCACAGCGUGAACUUGACGAUUUGAAAUCCGUGCUCAGCGAAACUGUCCGGAAAUUCCUUGGAUUCAGUGAAAACUCACUAGUCUCAGCGGCCCUCAAUUGUAUCAGCAAAGGUUAUGAUAAGCAAAAAACAGUUGGAAAGUUGUCAGCCCUCCUUGACAGCACCCAGGCAAGUCAGUUUGCAGAUAAGAUCUAUAUGGUGUAUGAAGACUAUCGAUCAGCUUCCAAGCAACCCAAGCAUAAAAAGAGAAAGGAUGAACCAGAAGAGGUCAGAGAAGGAAAAGUUAAGAAACGGCGAUUUAUGGAUGAUGAUGAAUCUGCAGGCAUUCCAGGACCAGGGACACCUAGCCCUGGAGCUCUUACUGCAGAUAAGAUCAAAGAGAUGAUGGAAAAUGCCAGGCGAGAGCUGCAAGAGAGGAAGGCACAGAUGGGAAUCCAACCUACCAACACUAAACCUGUACCUCAGCCACCACUAAUGCCCUCUGGAGGCAACACUGUAGGCAUGGGGAUGCUGGCACAGUCACAACAAGCCAUGACAGAUGCCAUGAUGAAAGCAAAAAGGGCAGCAGAACUGCAAGCCCAGAUCCAAGCUCGUCUCACGGGUCUUGCUGGUAUGAAUUUUCCAGGAAUGCCCGGCAUGCCACUCAUGGGUCCUGUGGGAGGAAUGGUACCCCCUAUGCCACUCCUCCCUGGGUUUGGCCAGCAGCAGCAGCAGCAACAAAAGCCAAAUGCAGCAGCAUCCAAUUAUUACGACAGGCCUUCGCCCCUUAUCUUGAACGAACUAGGGCAGACAAUUGAUGCUACCACAGGGCAGGCCAUCCAGCUUGCACAUCACACCCCAACACUUAAAGCUAACAUCAGAGCCAAACGCCGGGAACAAUUCAAGGGCUUAAUAGAAAAGCCACCUGAAGAAAUCGGGGACAGCAAGUUUUUUGAUCCUCGUGUUGGAGCAAAAGUACCAGUUCGUCAAAGACGUGGGUUCAAGUUUCAUGAAAAAGGCAAAUUUGAACAGCUGGCCCAGAGACUUCGAGCAAAGCUGGAGAGGUUGCAGGCAGAGAUUGCACAGACUGCCAAGAGAACUGGCAUUGCUUCAGCUGCAAAACUUGCCACCAUAGCUCCCAAAAAAGAAAUGCAAGAAGGAGAGGUUCCAGACUGUGAAUGGUGGGACACUUACAUCAUCAACGCCGAGUCAUAUAACUUGGUGCCAGACAAAAUAGACAGGUCGCUUCUUGAAGGUAUUACGCACCUUGUUGAACAUCCCAUACAGCUCAAACCUCCAGUGGAUCCAACAAAAGAAAUCAACAUACCAGUGUACCUUACCAAGAAGGAGAGAAAAAAGCUUCGACGGCAGAAUCGACAAGAAGCUCAAAAAGAUCUUCAGGAGAAAAUACGAAUUGGUCUUGCACCACAGCCAGAACCAAAAGUGCGCAUGGCCAACUUGAUGCGAGUAUUGGGGUCAGAAGCUGUGCAGGAUCCUACUAAAGUGGAGGCUCAUGUUCGAGCCCAAAUGGCCAAACGGCAAAAAGCCCAUGAAGAAGCUAAUGCUGCACGCAAACUAACAGCUGAGCAGAGGAGAGAGAAAAAGAUUCGUAAAAUUAAAGAAGACACCUCCCUUGGUGUCAAUGUUGCUGUGUAUCGGGUACGUGACCUCAGUAAUCUAUCACAUAAGUUCAAGAUUGAGACCAACUCCAAGCAGUUGUUCAUGACUGGAUUUGUGGUGUUGUACAAAGACUGCAACGUGGUGGUUGUGGAAGGAGGUCCAAAACAACAGCGCAAAUUUAAACGCCUUAUGCUUCACCGCAUUAAGUGGUCAGAGGGACAGAAACAUACCAAGGAUGAAGGCAAAUGACAGUGAGAGGAAGAAGAGGCAGAAAAGACAAACAAGUGUGUCCUUGUUUGGGAGGGAAUGGUGCAAAGCAGAGCUUUUUCUGAGAUGAAGUUUAAAAUGUGUCCAACUGAGAGUUUCGCACAUGAGCAGUUCAAGAAGUGUGGUGUUGGCCAUUACUGGGACCUAGCCUACAGUGGUGCCGUCUUAGAAACAGCUGGAGAUGAUGUUUGACAAAGAGCUGGCAUGUGGAUAUAGAACUUGCAGUGCAUGAAUUAGUGCAUUUGUCAAAGUCUUGCACAGUCAGUGGCACGGAAUGGUUUUUAUGACAAUGACGUGUGUCACUAGCUUUUAACAAGAGUGUUAGAAAAACCACACCUUGUCUGGGGACUCAGUGUCCUGUGUUUGAGAGAAUUUCCACGCAAGUAAAGACAGUAUAGCUGCUGUUAUGUGCUUGCAGUGUGAUUGGACAUUGUGCAUAUAGCGAAAGCCCCAUGAUGUGACUCCGAAAAAGCGCUGUGUUAAAGUUUGUUGAAAAUUAUGCUAUCAUACUGAUGGAGUAUGUGAUGAAAGCUUGCGACUAGAUAGGAGGUUGAAAGCCAGAUUCAUAGUUCUAUAGAUUUUGAAAAAAUGACAGGAUGACUAAAAACUUUUUGGCAUGGAAACAUUUCAGAGAUGAAGCAUUGAUUUUAGGAAAGCAUUGGAUGCUGCCGCUAUGUUAAUGGCAGGAUACCUCCUAUGCUGUCAGCUGAAUAUUUUAUAGUAUUUUUUUUAAUAGGAUUUAAGUUUUGGCUGUAUGAAUUAUGAAUGUUUUUCUUUCCUGAAAGGAAGUAUAUUGUUUACCAAAAGUGCUGGUUCUUGAAAUAGGAAGUUACCAAAUAGUUAAUAAAGCUAGAAGCUGUGGUUCUUUGUCCGGCAAAGCCUUUUUUUGGAUAAAAAGGAAGAUUAGUGUUAGGAUAAAUUUAUUGAAACACUUCUUGAGCCAAACUCAACAUUCAAUAAUCACAUAACUCCACUUUUGAAAAAUUCAAAUUGAAGUACAUUUGUUUACAAUUUGAAUGUGAUUUAGAUACUUGAUACGCUGAAAUAAAAGGAAGGGAUAACC